GGGACCCUGUGAUUCGCAGGCAAGUCCACAACCACUCGGCCAAAAGCGCUGGUACGGCACAACAGCCAGGAAUCCGGGGUCCCACUUUCUGGCUCAGAGUUUUGAACGUCACGAUGGGCACUACUACAAGGGUUGUUCCUCUAGCUCUCGGCUUCUGGCUGGCCGCAGUGUGUGUAUUGGUGACGAGUUCUUUGGCUUUUGCCCAUGAUACCGGAACUCUGGACCUUACUGAUCCAAUCUGGUUGACCAAGAAAGCCGAGGAGGCCCAUCAAGAAGAUGGGCAGACCCCAGCUGGUAACCGGCAUGAUGGCCAGCAGCGGGUCGAUGCCGCGCCGCGGGUACCCAGACCUGACCUGCCCAAGGUGCGCCGGCGUAGGGAUCAUGGCAGCAGACAUCGCAGACGGUCAGUGUCACCCACAGCUAGCCAGGAGGCUGGCCGUUACUACAAAUCAGCUGUAAGCUACACGCAUGAGAGUAUGCUACCAGACCUGAACAAUGCUUCUCACGGCAUCCUGCACCAAGGAGACAGCACACGGACGGGAGCACAUAUACACGUGCAGCUGCCAUUCAACUUUUCCUUCUUUGGACAUUUUCAUGAUCAUGUGUUUGUAUCUACUUAUGGCUUCAUCUUUGCACACCCACUCCCGAGUGACUGCGCGCCGUACGCCUGCAGACUGGUCCACAUGGUGGAGACAAGUUACAUUGCGCCGCUCAUAGGCGUCUGGGCCGGCCUGGCCAAUAACAACAGCCAGCUAGUGCAGUACACGGCAGAGGACAAGACAUUUGUACACUUUGUGUGGUCUGUGCGCCUCCUGAGUGGUCUGUGCCACACGGAUGUCCGUGGAGUCAGAACGUGUGGUACACGCCAGGGCACGGAAACACAAUUCUCAGCAACUCUCUACAGCGACGGCGCCAUUGAGUUCCACUACGACAAACUGGGUGCGAGGUCUGCUUACGACAAAUUCAAUUUCCACAGUGCCAGCUAUGGUGGCACGAUUGGCCUGCGUGACUCCAGUAUCCACGAUCAUGCAGCCGGUGUUUACGAUCACCGCUAUGUGCGUUAUGCCGACGCUAACAUCUCAACCGUGUUCAACGGCAGUGUUCGCCCGAAGAGCAUCACAUUUACGCCGCUAACAACGCCCGUGUGCUUUACGGCAUUGGACGAAACGGAGUGCAAAGCACGCUCGCCGUCGCUUGCUUGUUUCUGGUGCCCGUUGCCACCCGGGUACAAUCUAAAGACUCGGCCAUUUUGCACCGACGGGGGACAUGAUCGCAACUACUUGCACUACCGGGCGACUGGCUGCUCAAACACAACGGACGGCGCAGUGCUGAGCUUUGCCAAUGACACAGUACUGAGGCACACAUACUACACGGCAAGCAUGUCCACUGCUGGGCUCCGCCUUCCUGAUCUGCGCAAUGCCAGCCUUGUCCGAAAGCGCCUGUCGUCGGCCCUUCGUUACUUCGCAACUUCCGUGUCGCUGCCAUUCGACUUUCCCUACUACGGACACCGGGUCCGCCACAUUACCGUUAUGUCACUCGGCUUCAUACACAUGCACAUGUGGCGCUGCCAUACGUGCUAUGUGAGCGAUCACUUCCAAGCCAGCCAUGUCUCGCCAAUGUACCACCCCUGGUUCUUUGUGAAGGACCCGGUUGGCGUGGAUCAUGGCGGCAUCGACAUCUUUCAGGACAAGAACAAAAGAUUUGUGCACGUUGUCUGGACAAAUGCCGUCCGAGAGAUGUUCGCCAUCUACUGCAAUUAUCUGAACUGUUUAUUUUGCGCCUGCCCAGAUUUCAACUCGCCAAGGGUAACUUUCUCAGCGACCCUUUUUAGUGAUGGCCGCAUUAUAUACAACUAUCAGAAGCUGACAGAUCGCAGUACGUUCCCCCUCAGCUCUAACUUCAGAAUCGGCCUUGGAGAGUCGAUUGUGGCAGAACCGAUACACGACCCGGAGGAUCCCUGGCACUUUGUACACUACUCGCCAGUGAGUAUCUCUGAUCGUACUGCCUUUAGCGGCCAAGCCAAGGUGAAGAGCAUCGUGUUCACGCCUGUCGCCAACGCCACUUGCAACUCGGCCGCGACCGUUGCCGAAUGCUCGGCAACGCCGCCCGCUCUCGGCUGCUUGUGGUGUCGCGUGACGCCAUCGCACACGUUUCAGCUGCGACGCACGUCAUUCUGCACGGACGGCUACGGGAACGGAAGCUCCAUUACUGUCCGCCACACCAAGUGCACUUCAGUACACCCCGCAGCAGCAGCACCGCCGACAGCAGCCUCCAGCCAUGCAAGCACCGCUACUGUGCGUGCGCAUACGAGCAAGCGUGAUCACGCCCCAACAACUCUCCAUCACCAGCAGCCUACUGGUGCACCGGUGACGCCAUCAGGAGGCAAAGGCAAAACGCAGCCUCCUCCGCCGCCGCCGCCCCGUCCCAGUAGCCGGCCUCCGUCGCAUCCUACAAUGCCGCCGGGAAGCGGAGACAAAACACAACGUCCGCUGCCUCAUCCCCGCGGCCAGCAUCCAACACAUCCUAUCGCUCCCACUGCCCAUCCUGGAAACGUUGCCCAUAGCGACUCCCCUGGUGUUCCGACGGGCCGCCAUCCUGGAAUACAUACUACUGUCACUAGUAGUAACAGUGUUGCCCCUAGCAACGGCGCCAUCGGAGGAAGCAAGAACCAACAAGACGGUGCGCCGCCGCAGGCGACCAGCAGCUCUGCCGUGGGUGUUGGCGUUGGCGUCACUGCGGCGUUGCUGUUCGUAAUGGUAUCCGUGGCUCUGUUGGUGCGGCGGUAUAGGCUCACCAACGGAAGUGGCGGCUUUUCCAGGUUCUAACGAGUAGCGAGCAAUAAUUUGUGCAGAAGAAACCCGCUUGGCUAUGCUUGCACGUAUUGGCUGGUCCAGGACUACAGUGCAGUGUCAGACCCAGGCGAAUGUAGUGCAGCUGCCAGGACUAGCUCUCCGUGUGUGUAUGUGUGUGUGUGUGUGUGCGUGUGUACACGUGUGCGCGCAUCCUCCUUUCUUUCUACUCUUCAGCGUAUUCUUAGUAACGUUGUGUUGGGAUUAGCUGCUGGCCAUUGCACAGCGUUAUUAAUAUUAUUGUCAUCUUCGGCGAGAUGUGAUAAGAUUUCCUCUGAGAGUGACAGCUUCACUGCACGAAGCUACACCCCCCCCCCCCCCCUCCUUGUGUAGAAUUUCCAUCGAAAUUGGAAUUAAAACCUCUCUUUGAAUUUCUUCACGUGCUGCAUUCUACUGACAGCCUCGCGUAUUCUUUCUCUCUUCUAGAUAAUAUUAUGUGGUCGAGAAGGUGCUGGUGCAUUAGGACAGUUUGUACAUCUAUAUUUAUGAAUUUAUCUACUUUGGAAUUAUCUAUUUUCCUUUUCCACUAGUUUAUGAAUACAUUUAUUUACUUCUUCGGAAUUAUCUAUUUUCCUUUUCUACCCACUGUGAACUGCCUCUUCUAA